AUGGCAUUCCAUUGGCAAUCCAAAGUGAAUGUUCAACAUGUCGGUGUCGACGACAUGGUCCUUCUUUCAAAGCUCACAGAGCAGGCGAUUGUGGAUAAUCUGAAGAAGCGGAUCCAAGCAAAUUCCAUAUUUACGUAUAUUGGUCCGGUGCUCAUAUCGGUGAAUCCAUUCAAGCAGAUGCCAUACUUUACUGAAAAGGAGAUGUUGUUGUACCAAGGUGCAGCGCAGUACGAAAAUGCGCCGCACAUUUACGCGCUUGCUGAUAAUAUGUACAGAAACAUGCUAAUUGACAAUGAAUCGCAAUGUGUUAUCAUUUCGGGUGAAUCGGGUGCCGGAAAAACGGUCAAUGCAAAAUUCAUCAUGAAUUACAUAUCAAGAAUAUCGGGUGGAGGGCAAAAAGUUCAGCAUGUGAAAGAUGUGAUUCUUCAAUCGAAUCCGCUUCUCGAAGCAUUCGGCAACUCAGCAACUGUCCGCAAUUGGAACAGCAGCCGAUUCGGCAAGUAUGUCGAGAUUGUGUUCAGUCGUGGUGGUGAGCCGAUCGGCGGCAAAUUGUCGAAUUUUCUGCUCGAAAAAUCGCGCGUUGUGUUCCAAAACGAGGGCGAUCGCAAUUUCCACAUAUUCUACCAAUUGUGCGCCGGCGCCGACAAAAACCUACGAAGCACACUUGGCAUCGGCGAGCUUCAGUAUUAUAAUUAUCUGAAUAUGAGCGGAGUGUAUAAAGCGCAAGACACGGAUGAUGGAAAAGAAUUCGAGAACACAUUGCACGCUAUGAAGGUUGUUGGAAUGUCGGAUCAAGAUCAGCUGGAAGUUUUGCGAAUUGUGUCCGCCGUACUUCACAUCGGAAAUAUCUCAUUUAUUGAGCAGAACAAUUUUGCUGCUGUGAAAGAAAAAGAAUACCUCGAAUUUCCUGCAUUUCUUCUCGGGCUCACAAAUGAGGCGAUUGAAGGAAAACUAACCGGCCGCAAAAUGGAGAGCAAAUGGGGAACUCAGAAAGAAGAAAUCGACAUGAAAUUGAACAAACUUCAACAAAUCUUUAUUGAAUUGACGCUGAAAGCGGAACAAGAAGAGUAUGUGAAGGAAGGGAUAAAAUGGACCGAAAUCGAGUAUUUUGAUAAUAAGAUUGUUUGCGAUUUGAUCGAGACGAAAAGACCACCAGGAAUUAUGAGCCUAUUGGAUGAUACUUGUGCACAGAAUCAUGGACAACGUGAAGGAGUCGAUAGACAAUUGCUCACCACACUGUCGAAGUCAUUCGCUUCUCAUCCGCAUUUUGGUCAGGGUUCUGGUUCAUUUGUGAUUCGGCAUUACGCUGGUGAUGUUAGUUAUAACAUCGAUGGAUUCUGCGAUCGGAAUCGGGAUGUUCUAUACUCGGAUCUUAUUCAGCUCAUGCAACAGAGCAGCAAUGGUUUUGUUCGCUCUUUGUUCCCAGACAAGGUUGAAGCUGGAAAAAGGCCAACGACAUUUUCGACCAAAAUUCGAACUCAAGCGAACUCAUUGGUUGAGUCGUUAAUGAAAUGCUCUCCGCAUUAUAUCCGAUGCAUCAAACCGAACGAAACAAAACGUCCGAAUGAUUGGGAUGAGAGCCGAGUUCGGCAUCAGGUCGAAUACCUCGGACUCAAGGAGAAUAUUCGGGUUCGACGAGCCGGAUUUGCUUACCGUCGUCCGUUCGACAAGUUCGCUCAGCGGUACGCGAUCAUUUCCGACAAAACGUGGCCGUCGUAUCACGGAGCACCGCAACAAGCAUGUCAAAUAAUCUGCGACGCUGUUCAUGUCGAUCCGACGCAGUAUCAGAUGGGGAGGAGCAAGAUUUUCAUCAAAAAUCCUGAAUCGCUUUUCCUUCUUGAGGAGACGCGAGAAAGAAAAUACGACGGAUUUGCAAGGGUUAUUCAAAAAGCAUGGAGACUAUUCUCAGCUCGAAAACAACACAUCAAACAAAAGGAGCAAGCUGCUGAUUUACUAUUCGGAAAGAAGGAACGCCGUCGUUAUUCGCUGAAUCGAAACUUCGUCGGUGACUAUAUUGGACUUGAACAUCAUCCGGCACUUCAAUCAAUUGUGGGAAAAAGACAACGAAUAUUGUUUGCUGCCGUCGUCAAUAAAUAUGAUAGAUCGUUUAAGACGUCAAUUCUUGAUCUUCUCAUCACCGCUAAUCACUUGACGCUCGUUGGUCGCGAAAAAGUGAAGAAGGGGGCCGAUAAAGGAAAAAUUGUGGAAAUUGUGAAGCGACAAAUCGAUUUGCCAAAUAUCCGAUCAAUUGGAUUGUCGCCGUACCAAGAUGAUUUUGUGGUGCUGAAUGUUGCCGACGAUUACACGUCGCUUCUUGAGACGCCGUUCAAGACGGAAUUCUGCACGGCGCUUAGUAAAGCCUACAAAGAGCGGACCAAUGGCGGCCAUUUGACGCUCGAAUUUAAGCCGACGCAUACGAUUACGCUGAAGAAGACAAGAUUUGGAGGUGGCACAAGAACUGUUCAAUUCUCAUGUGAUGGCACAGAUAGUAGCCAGAAGUUGCUGAAACCUUCCGGAAAAACGCUGAAUGUCUCCAUUGGACGUGGCCUUCCAAAUAAUACUCGUCCUUCGACUGAGCGGCCGAAAGGUGGAUAUACUCCGAAACGUGAUCAAACGCGGGUCUCGACGCGACGAACCAACAAAUCACAGCAGAAUAUCGCGCCACAUCGGCCAGUUCCGCCGUCGCAUCAUACCUCGAACAAUAGCAAUCCGCCAGUGGCGAACACGAUGCAGCAGCCUGGACGAGUUGCGGUGAUGCCGAAUGUCAUCAACCAGCUCAAUACUCAAUUCAAUAACACUAAUAUUGGAGGAAACAAUGCGCCGCCUUCACGUGGUCCCAAACCGCCGCCACCUGCGAAACCUAAACUGUUCCCUAUUGUAAUCGCAAUGUACCCGUAUGAGGCUCAAGAUACCGACGAGCUCUCAUUUGAAGCUGGAGAUCAUAUCGAAUUAAUGACAAAAGAUAGCUCGGGCUGGUGGCAAGGCAAACUUGGAGCCAAAAUUGGGUUGUUCCCUGGAAAUUACGUCAAGGAAGAAUAA